AUGAUUGUCGGGAUCAACGGGAUUGACCCGCUUGUGUACUCGGCCCGUGCCGAGAUUAAAAAGCUGCAGUGGUCGGCGACCCUGUCCGAUUGGAUCGCGAUUGCAUUUGGGAAAAAGAUGCAGAUGCUCAAGAUUUGGGGUUUAAUGCUUUUGCAGGUUAUAGCAACUCAAAUUUGUGGUGCCAAAGCUUUGGUAUUGAUGCUUAGUUCUCCUUACUUUGUUGCUGAAGUUUUAAGGGUUUUUACAGGAACAUCGACUCCCACAGUAGGGCCUGCUUGUCAUCGAUUAAUCUCGGCACCCACCAACUACACCAGCAUCGAGUCAAUCCUGUUGGGCCCGGCAACUGUGGGAAGCUCCCACAACAGGGCCUGCUCGUCGUCCCAUGCGGAGCAUAUGGGCCUGCAGGCUCUACUGGGCCCACGAGAUGGCAUUCAUGUUGGCCGUGUGCCUCAUCAGCUCGGCCACCAGCACGAAAUCACGAGUUUAUUGGUUUGCGGAGGUCAGACUUCAGAGCCUCUCACUUACAGCAAGAACUCCGAACACAAGUCUCUACUUGAGGUGCUUAGAAUCCUAUUAGCUAUGGCUGAGGCUGGUAAAGGCUAUGUUAUAGUUCCAGAGUCACUUGUGAAGAAGCAGAAGAGGGCUGAGGAGUGGGCCCUUGCCAAGUCAAAAGAAGUUGAUGAGGCAAAGAAGAAGCAAGCUGUGACCAGAAAAUUGAUUUGCAAUAAAGCAAGAGAGUACGCAAAGGAGUAUGAGCAACAGGAGAAGGAGUUGAUCCAAUUGAAGCGUGAAGCUAGAUUGAAAGGUGGGUUUUAUGUGAACCCAGAAGCCAAACUUUUGUUCAUCAUCAGGAUCCGUGGUAUCAAUGCUAUGCACCCAAGAACCAAGAAAAUUCUUCAGCUUCUGAGAUUGAGACAGAUCUUCAAUGGUGUCUUCUUGAAAGUAAACAAAGCCACAGUGAACAUGCUGCACCGGGUUGAGCCUUAUGUCACUUAUGGAUACCCCAACCUUAAGAGCGUAAAGGAGUUAAUCUACAAGCGUGGCUAUGGAAAAGUGAACAAGCAGAGGAUUGCUUUGACUGAUAAUUCAAUCAUUGAGCAGACUUUGGGCAAGCAUGGCAUUAUCUGCAUGGAGGAUCUUAUUCAUGAGAUUCUGACUGUGGGACCCCACUUCAAGGAAGCUAACAACUUCCUGUGGCCAUUCCAACUGAAGGCUCCUUUGGGUGGAUUGAAGAAGAAGAGGAACCAUUAUGUUGAGGGUGGUGAUGCCGGUAAUCGGGAAGAUUACAUUAAUGAACUCAUUCGGAGGAUGAACUAAGUUUUCCGCGUCAAUCGGUUUUGCCUAAACUCUGUUUCGUUGAAUUUUGAGAUUUCUGGUAAUCAAAUCAUUACAAAAAAUGUUUUCUUUAUUGCGUGAAUUUUGUAGCUCUGCUAUUUCGAGAUAUAGGACUUCAAAGACUUGGAUCCACUCUGUUUUUUGGGGUAUAUUUAUGGAGUCUGUUUUUUGGGGUAUAUUUAUGGAGUUAGCUGUUUGGAUGCCUUUGUUUUCUUUCUUUUCUGUUUGUGUUUCAUUUUGAUGUGUUUAUGUAUCCGUAUUUUAUCUGACUUGUAUAAAGAAAUGCCUA